AGCGCGCGUGUGAGGUUCAAGGUCAGCCAAAAUCAGGUGUAGAUGGAGAAUGCGGUUCCCGAAUUUGCUCGUCGUUUGUACAAAGAGUGGCGUGAUUUUACAGCUGAACCAGUCGAAGGUAUCCAGUUGAUGCUCAAUGAGCAAGAUAUGACGGAAGUUCAAGUCGUACUUGACGGUCCCGUUGGUACCCCUUAUGAUGGUGGCAAAUUCCGUCUGAAGAUGUUGAUUCCUAUGCAGUAUCCGAUAGAACCGCCGAAGGCUUACUUUUGCACGAAGAUAUUCCACCCAAAUAUAGCACCAAACACCGGAGAGGUUUGCGUAAACACACUGAAGAAGGAUUGGAAAUCCAAUUUAGGACUGCGACAUAUCCUUCUAACUAUAAGGUGUUUGUUGAUAGAACCCAAUCCAGAAUCAGCUCUUAAUGAAGAGGCUGGAAAAUUGCUAUUAGAAGAUUACAGUGAAUUUGUGGCAGAAGCUCGGCUCCUCACAGAAGUACAUGCUUACUGGCACGUUCGGGAACAAGCGAAAGUCAGUAGUCAGAAGUUGCAUCAAGACGACCAUGCAAGUAUCGAUAUGCGUGGGGUUGAUGGCAGUUAGAUACCGCUGACACUUAUCAGGUCAAAGACCAGAAAAGUCAGACAAGACUACUUUCAUUAUUUUGGUCGCGAUAUUUAUUAGUAAUCAUAUAAAUGAAAUUCCAUGGGCUGUACAGUAUAGCGUUUCGUGUUUGUUUUCUUUGAGCUUUCACAAAUGCUUUCUUCCAUGUAAUCUGGUCAUGGUACAUGUGUCCCGUUUGUAUGCUUAAUCCUCGUUUAAUUAUUUGUUAGUUCUAGUUAUGGUUAUGUAGGUUACUUUUCAGGGUUAUUUUUUCAGUCGUUGAUAUUAUUGUUGAAAGUUUGCGAACUAAUUCCAA